ACCAGCUGCAGAGCGAUUUGCAGAAAGCGGCGAUGGCAUGUCAGCUUCGCUCAAGAACUGUACCCUAUCUAGCUUAGCGAAAGAUGGCUGAAGAUUAUUGGGAAUAACGGCCCUGGGAAAGUACUGACACCGAGAAAAAGCAUCCCUUUCCAGGGCUGAUUGGACGGUGGCUGCCCCCUCAGCCCGCCCUCCUCUCCCCGCCCCCUCCCAGCACCCUGUCCCCCUGAUGGACAGGAUGAAGAAAAUCAAGAGACAGCUGUCCAUGACACUGCUGGGGAGCCGUCCCACCGAGAAGAACCUGCCCGAGCUGACAGAGCGGGUCAAUAUAGAGGACAGCGCGGCCAGCGACAACGAUCCCAUGGUGAGGAAUGGGAAGCCGGCUGGCUCCCACAGCAUGCACUCCUUCCUGCACCAGUAUGCCUCCAGCGCGGCCGCCUCUCUGCGCAAACCUCCCCUCCGCCACCCGAACCGCACCGUGGGGCGCAGCCUGAGCUCCUACCUCAACCAAAACAGCCGGCUAGAGAUCGUGCACGAGGAUCUGAAGAUGGGCUCGGACGGGGAGAGUGACCAGGCUUCGGCCACCUCUUCGGACGAGGUCCAGUCACCGGUCAGAGUGAGGCUGCGCAACAACCCCGCCCGCAAGAUCUCCAGCGAGGACAUUAACAAGCGUCUCUCCCUGCCUGUGGACAUCCGGCUUCCAGAUGGGUACCUGGAGAAGUUCGCUCUCAGCAGCCCCCCGUUUGACAAGCCCCUGAGCCGGCGUCUCCGCAGGGUCUCUCUGUCUGAGAUCGGGUUCGGAAAACUGGAGACGUACGUGAAACUGGACAAGCUGGGAGAGGGCACCUACGCCACAGUGUACAAAGGAAAGAGCAAGCUGACUGAUAACCUGGUGGCGCUGAAAGAGAUCAGACUGGAGCACGAGGAGGGGGCUCCCUGCACGGCGAUCAGAGAGGUGUCGCUGCUCAAAGACUUGAAGCACGCCAAUAUUGUGACUCUGCACGACAUCAUCCACACAGAGAAAUCCCUGACGCUGGUGUUUGAGUAUCUGGAUAAGGAUCUGAAGCAGUAUUUGGAUGACUGUGGCAGCUGCAUCACGAUGCACAAUGUGAAGCUGUUUCUGUUCCAGCUCCUGAGAGGGCUGGCGUACUGCCACAGCAGAAAAGUCCUGCACCGAGACCUCAAACCGCAGAACCUGCUGAUCAACGAGAGAGGGGAGCUCAAACUGGCCGACUUCGGUCUGGCCCGUGCCAAGUCCAUCCCCACGAAGACGUACUCAAACGAGGUGGUGACGCUGUGGUACCGCCCCCCCGACAUCCUGCUGGGUUCCACCGACUACUCCACCCCCAUAGACAUGUGGGGAGUGGGCUGUAUUUUCUACGAGAUGUCCACUGGACGGCCUCUGUUCCCAGGCUCCACUGUGGAGGAAGAGCUGCACUUUAUCUUCAAGCUGCUGGGAACCCCUAACGAAGAGACCUGGCCAAGAAUCACCUCAAACGAGGACUUCAGAUCCUACAACUACCCCAAAUACAGACCUGAUUCACUCUACAACCACGCUCCCAGACUGGACAGCAAUGGUGUAGACCUGCUAUCCAGAUUUCUCCAGUUCGAAGGCAGAAACAGAAUAUCAGCAGAGGCUGCGAUGAAACAUCUUUACUUCCACUCGCUGGGAGAGAGGAUCGUCAGACUGCCCGACACUACUUCAAUAUUUGCACUGAAGGAGAUCCAUCUAGAGAAGGAUCCAGCCUUCCGAAGGUCUUCCACACCCGACUCAGCCUCCAGUAGCAACUCAAGAAGACAAAGUAUGCUCUUUUGAGAAAACAACGAAAUAGGAAAAAAAAAGAUAGUUAUUAUUAUUAUUAUUAUUAUUAUUAUUAUUAUUAUUAUUAUUAUUAUUAUUAUUAUUAUUUUGUGUUCCAUCGAGGGACGUGUGGACUUCUACAGAAGAAAGGGGCGGGAAUUUUGUUUUGGAGCUCCUGUCAGGAUUCUUUUUCGGAACUCCAGACCCAAUGACAUCACGGUUAAAGGGGAGACCCACCCAAUGACAUCACGGUUAAAGGGGAGACCCACCCAGUGACAUCACAGUUAAAGGGGAGACACCACCCAUCCACCUUCCUACACUAGAAACUAGAAUGCAACGAAAGUAUAAUGAAGGACAAAAUCUUUUUUAUUUUAUUUUUAUUUAUUUAUUUGUUAACUGCUGCCUUUGCAGAUGUUUGGGGAUUUCUUUAACAGGAGAAAAUGAAGUGUUUUAGUUCAGGAGGUAGACUAUGGAUGUCAUCCACACCAAACCUGGCUCCAGCUCUCCAUUAUCCAGGGUAAUGGAAGGGAGGGAUUAAACAAAACGAGAGAGACGAUGCUUCGGAGAAAGACUGUGUAAGGAAAUCAAACCGAGACACCUAGUAUUAGGAUACAGUACCAGAUAUGUUUUAUCAGUGAAGAUACAGAUUGGCUUCUAAAAGAUCACUUCUCUCCAGUCGGCACCAGCUGGAACUGCACAGCGGUUUGAAGGAAUUGAGUAGAUAAUCACAACGUUAGGUACUGAACAGUGACAGUUUGUUGUAAAGGUGUUUUUUUUUUUGGAUGAUCGAGAAGCGAAUUUGUCUUUUCCUUCGCCUUGCUGAACGGUUUGGUCUUUGCAAUAAGUCCUACGUCGGCACUCGACGAUGUGGGAGGUGUUGGUCUUCCAAGAGGAAAUGAAAUCGCAAGAUGUGUGAAUGUGUGUGUUUGACCCAAACCUGGAUCCAAUUACAAUUACAAUUACAAUGCUACUGUAUUCAAUUACAUUGCAAUUACAAUUACAAUGCUACUGUAUUCAAUUACAUUGCAAUUACAAUUACAAUGCUACUGUAUUCAAUUACAUUGCAAUUACAAUUACAAUGCUACUGUAUUCAAUUACAUUGCAAUUACAAUUACAAUGCUACUGUAUUCAAUUACAUUGCAAUUACAAUUACAAUGCUACUGUAUUCAAUUACAUUGCUAUUGUGUUCAAUUACAAUUACAAUGCUAUUUUGUUCAAUUACAAUUACAAUGCUAUUUUGUUCAAUUGCAAUUACAAUGCUAUUUUGUUCAAUUACAAUUGCAAUUACAAUGCUAUUUUGUUCAAUUACAAUUGCAAUUACAAUGCUAUUUUGUUCAAUUGCAAUUACAAUGCUAUUUUGUUCAAUUGCAAUUGCAGUGCUAUUGUUCAAUUUUGUUCAAUUAUAGUUGUAAUUACAAUUACAAUUACAAUUACAGUGUUUUGUUCAAUUACAAUUAUGCUGCAGUAAUUCGUAAUUGUGUAAUUCUGAUUACACUAAAAAGUAACAUAAACCACUAGACUCAUUAACACUUUUUUUUUUAAUAAAUGUGAUUUUAUUUGUAUUUUUUAGUUUUUUUUUUUUUACUGGUGCCAGUUGGUGCAGGUUUUAAAUCUGUCGUUUAAUUUUGUCGAUUAACUUUAAAGAAAGCGCUGGGCUGCAGUGUGGAAGGCAGCGGGUUUGAGGAGCUCAGUGGUUAGAUAAAGAAAGCGCUGGGCUGCAGUGUGGAAGGCAGCGGGUUUGAGGAGCUCAGUGGUUAGAUAAAGAAAGAAAGAAAGAAAGAAAGAAAGAAAGCGCUGGGCUGCAGUGUGGAAGGCAGCGGGUUCGAGGAGCUCAGUGGUUAGAUAAAGAAAGCGCUGGGCUGCAGUGUGGAAGGCAGUAGGUUUGAGGAGCUCAGUGGUUAGAUAAAGAAAGCGCUGGGCUGCAGUGUGGAAGGCAGCGGGUUUGAGGAGCUCAGUGGUUAGAUAAAGAAAGCGCUGGGCUGCAGUGUGGAAGGCAGCGGGUUUGAGGAGCUCAGUGGUUAGAUAAAGAAAGCGCUGGGCUGCAGUGUGGAAGGCAGCGGGUUUGAGGAGCUCAGUGGUUAGAUAAAGAAAGCGCUGGGCUGCAGUGUGGAAGGCAGUGGGUUCGAGGAGCUCAGUGGUUAGAUAAAGAAAGCGCUGGGCUGCAGUGUGGAAGGCAGCGGGUUUGAGGAGCUCAGUGUUCAGGGUGCAAUAUUAACAAUAAAGAUGUUAUUGUGGUCAAAACUUGAGACUGAAAUUCAAUGUGCAACACCCUGUGGUCUAUCGUCUGUAUAAUGUAGCAAACGUUUCCUAUCUAGAAAUAUGAUAAUUAUUAUGAUUAUUACAAUAACUAUUAUUAUUUACAAGCUGACCUAUUUACAAUGAAUUAGUAGAAGAGUUUGGAGAGAAAAUUUAGUGGUGGGGGGGGGGG